AUGCUACCGUCUAUCUCGAAAGACGCCGCCUAUGGCAUUCAGGUCAAUUUGACGUCAGGCUCUUUUUACUGGUGUGACAGCUAUGAGCUUGGUGUGCAAGAGAAAGAAUUGUUGAGGCUUGAGGCCAAGUUCGUUCAACAUUCACUCGAACUCGCGGAAGGGGCCCAGUUAGAUCAGAUCUACCAGUAUGUUAAAGAAAAAGCACAAGCAAUAAAGACAAGUGGUCCUUCGCUGCUGGAAGCCCCGCAGGUGAAAACGAACCUUGAAGCUUUAGAGAGCGAUCCUAAGUUCCUCCAUCUCCUGCGCAACGGAUUUCCGGAACCAAUCCGUGCGGGAAAGAUUUGGGGAGACUCCAAAUACAAAGAAAUGGUCACUUUUACUAAGCUGCGCUUUGGUCCUGCUUAUGCUCUGCUGAUUAUUUGCAUUUUCGGUACAGGCGGCCGUGACGAUACCUUUGAUCAGGAGAUCCAUGCUUGCGCCAACGACGGACAGGUCAAAGGGUUGACGCUCGAGGAUGGGACUCAAUGCUAUGCACUUAAAAAAGAGUUGGAGAGCCGUUUGCGUUGCUUUUACUCGCGGCAAUUGUGGGUAGCUCUGUUCGCAUUCGCAGCAUAUAUCUACCCCCGCGAUGAUACAUUGGACCAGUCGUAA